AUGCAAGUCUACGGCGCUUGCAUGGAGGCAAGCCCGGAAGGGAUCUACUACAGCCGUCGCCGCUGUUGGCAGCAGUUGGGUCUUCGUGCAAUGUCAUGCCGCUGGGAUGUCACCCCCCUUCUGCCAGGUGGUGGGGCUACAGACCCUGCCACGUGCAAGGACCAGGCGGCAGAAUUUUUGGCCCAAUUAAAAACCGCCGCCCGUGACGAAUCAACAGCUGCUGGCCCGGUGCUAACGAGCUGGGUGAAGAAAGCAUGGGAAGACGAAUACAAGAACCUACCCGCCGUUCUUACUACUCCCUCUAUCGUUCCCGAAUUGGAGCUCGAUGAGUAUGACCGGCUGGCACAGGAGCUUGAUGUUGUGGGCACAGAAGAGGACGCCGACGAAUACGACUCCUACACCUCUCAGCCGCCCAUCCCAAUCGAUGGCUCUCCCCUCGCCUGGUGGCUCCGUGCUGAGCAGAAGGAGCGCUUUCCUCGAUUAUCAAAGAUGGCAAUAGACAUUCUCUCCAUACCUGCCAUGUCUGCUGACCCUGAGCGCACUUUCUCUGGGGCGCGGCGUACAAUCUCAUGGGAUCGCAUGCUUCUUGGAGCAUCGACAAUUGAAAAGGGGAGUGCUUGA